AUGGUGAACCAAACAGAGGUGAACGAAUUCAUCAUAAUGGGGUUGACCAACCUCUUCAAGCUUCAAAAGCUUCUGUUUACAAUCUUCCUGCUUUUGUAUCUGGCCAUAUUAGUGGGGAAUGCUACAAUUCUUAUUUUAAUCUUCACAGAACCACACCUUCACACUCCCAUGUACUUUUUCCUUGGAAAUCUUUCUUGCCUUGACAUCUUCUUCUCCACAGUUACUGUACCAAAGAUGUUAGCUGGAUUUCUAACAGAAAUACAAACAAUUUCCUUCAAGGGCUGCAUGGUCCAGCUGCAUUUUUUCCACUUCUUUGGAAGUAGUGAGGGCAUUCUUCUUGGAAUGAUGGCCUAUGAUCGCUAUGUUGCCAUAUGCAAUCCUUUGCGCUACGCUGUGAUCAUGAGAAAAGAGGUCUGUGUCUUAAUGGCAGCAGCUGCCUGGUCCACUGGAUUUUUCCAUGCCUUGAUGCAUGCGGUGGUGACUGCUCAUCUUCCCUUCUGUGGACCAAAUCACGUUGAGCACUUUUUCUGUGACAUCAAGCCUUUGUUGAAACUGGCCUGUGGCAGCACACAGCUCAACCUCAUGCUUCUCAACACUGUGACCAGUUGUGUUGUUAUGUGCCCUUUUAUCUUCAUACUCCUCUCCUACCUCUACAUUGUUACUUUCCUCCUCCUCGAAGUGCGGUCCCAGAGUGGUUGGCAAAAAGCCUUUUCUACCUGUGGAGCCCACCUAACUGUGGUGGCUUUACUUUAUGUUCCUGCAUUGUCUAAUUACAUGCUUCCCACUCUGGGUACCUCAUCACAACAGGACAUAAUGGUAACUCUCAUAUACAGUGCAAUUAUCCCAGUGCUAAACCCAAUUAUUUAUACACUGAGGAAUCAGGAGGUUAAAAUUGCAAUGAAAAAGUUUGUGGACAAAAAAAGAGUAACUUUCUGGUGA